AUGCAAAUAAACGAGGUCAAGGAGAAGAAAUAAACCUCUACUAAUUUGUCAGCUAUAGUGAAUCCUCCUCUCUAGCGCUAGUCUACUAUAACUUCAGAUGCAGCAAGUUCGUAAAAUAAAAAAGCCUCAAGGCUUAAGGAACUGCUGGCUAAGCGUAAAAACGAGGCCAAACAGACUCUUGACAAGCAAGAAGACUUAAGGAGACAGCAGGAAUUUGAGGAGGACUUGAGAGAAUAAAAACUAUUAGAGAUCUAGGCAAAGGCCAAAAAUAGAAAGUACAAAAAGUAAGAGUCAGAUGACGAUCUUCCUUCCAGAACUAUGAGCCCUCCUAAGGAGAAAAAGCAAAGUAAAGGGUAGAGUCAUUUCACUUCAGGAAAGGUCGACGAGUAAUAAGCCUAGGAUGCAGUGGACUUUUUGCGAAGUAUAAUCAAGCGAGACCAGAAACCGACUAACCCAGAGAAAAAGAUCAUGACUCGUCUCUUUGAUAAGAUGGAGACGGUCAAGAUUGUGAUUCCUAAACAUAGAGAGUUCUAAAGAGACUAGCAGUUGAAAGCUGAGAAGAUUAAGGAAAAAGUUGGUCCAAGAGGCAUGAUGCUUGAUAACUAGGUUGAGGUGUGCAGUAAGACUGCGCUACAGAACAUUGGAACUGCUUUUAAAGUCAUAGAUUUUGAGGAAGAGAGUAACCCCAAUUAAAAACGUCUCACCAGUUUAUAGAGAAACAGAAUGGCUCUCAGCUUCCUUGAAAUGAAUGAAAUACCAAAAAGGUAUCAAUAUUACUAGAGAUUCAUAGAUGAUAAGGAUGAAAAGCUAAAAGACAAGGAGAUUGUAGAUAGUUUGUUGAACACAAAUAGAUCUCUAAUGGGUGCUACCAUAACCACCAAUGGCAUGUAUCCAUUUAAUCAGACUCAGACAACUAUAUUACACAAAAUGCAAAUGAGGAAAAAGAAGCACUCUCAUAGCGUUCAGCAUGGGCAUCAUCCUCAUAACAAAAAGCACAUCAUUAACGAUCAAAGUAUAUAGGAUUUAUAAGGCGAAGUUUCUUUGACGAUUGAUUCAAAUCAUGAUAAUUAUCAUACCUAGAAAAUCUUUCUACCCUAUUAAAAAAAACCAUUCAACAUCUAUAACAAUAUUGAGCAUGUGCAAGUUACUGAUGUAAAUCUAUUUGAAAAUAGAGAUAGUACCACAAACAUAUCCCCUAACAUGCAAUCUAGUGGCUUUAAGUUUGCUUUUGGUCCUUCUAUUGUUAUUGAUCAGCCAUUUUAAAACUAAUCACACAGUGUUCAUUAAGCUUCAUCAAGCACUUAAAAUAAUUAGCAUCUAUCUCAAACUUUUUACAAACCAAGAAAGACUAAUCAUUCACUUGUGAAUACUAACAGACUUGACACCUCUUAAGACUUAGACACAAAUAGCAAAUAACUUCCUCCACUUAGAUAAUCUAUGAAUAAAAUCAAGAUUAAACGAAAGUCAGCUUUUGAGCAGCACUAGUCUCCCUCCACCGCAAAAAAGAUUAACCAUUAAAGCCACCAUAAAUCGAUCUCCGCGGAUUAUAAUCAAAAUUAGCAAUCUUAAAACUUCUCUCAAUAAGACUAUCUCUUACUAUAGGAGAAGAGGCGAGAGAAGUUGCUAGGCACGAUUCAUAACCCCAACAAAUAUCUGUAAAAAUCUUUUGAGUUUCUUGAAAAAGAUGCUGUUGACCAAUUAUCAUAUCAUAACUCUCGCUAGCUAAUAUAGUUUUUGAACAAAUAACUAGAACCGGUAAAUGACAAGCCAGAGAAGUAGAAGUAUACAUAUGAGGAUACAAAGAAGGUAUUCGAGGUCAACGAGGAUAACUUUAAGUUCAAUUUCAAAGAGCUACUUGAUGAUAUAGUCACCUAAUCAGAACAAAUGCGCCUGAUUAUGCUGAAGGAAAAGACUAGAGGUAAGGAGGGUGAUCCUAGAUUCAAGAAUCUUGAUAAUACCUUUGAAAAAAUCAACUACUUUCAGUAUAUACAUAACUUAGAAAAGUCUUAGCUCUCUGAGAUAUCUCAGCGAUUAAGAUAACUUGUGAUAUUAAAGAAUGAAAGAAGAUAUAACCUAGAUAAGUGA